CAUUUCUAUAUAUGGUAAGAAGUGCCUUGAAUUGUAAAGUAGCGAGUUCAAGUCAAGUUAUCACCGAAGCAAUAUGGAGACUGUACUUCAACAAAAAGUCAUAGAAGUUGCCAAAAAUGUUGAGGAGGUGUUGGAUGUAGAAUUAGACAAGUUAGACAGUUUGGAUAUCUGUGAUUAUGAAAAAAUACGUGCACAUAGACUAAAUGAGCUCAAACGAAUGCAAAAGCAGAAGGAGGAUUGGCUAGUUUCGGGUCAUGGAGAAUAUGCUGAGUUAUAUGAUGAGAAAGAAUUCUUCGAAGUAUCUAAAAAGUCAGAGAAUAUAGUUUGCUUAUUUUAUAAAGAUGAUUCUCUACGAAGUAAAAUAGUGGAUCAUCAUUUCAAGAUUCUUGCGAAGAAACACAUUGAAGCAAGAUUUUGCAAACUAAAUGUUGAAAGAUGUCCCUUUUUGACUGAACGGUUACGUAUUAGAAUCAUACCUACAAUUGCGCUAAUUGUGAAUGGCAAAACCAAGGAUUAUAUUGUGGGCUUUACUGAAUUAGGAAACUGUGACGAUUUUUCUACAGAAAGAUUGCAGUGUCGUCUUGCACAAUCAGGUGUGAUCAAUUAUGGUGAUGAUCCAGAAUUGAUAGAAACUGGCAAGAAGUCAUUUAUAUUUAGACCUUCAAAACCCAAGACCAUUAAGGGUCGCAACUCGAAUGAUUCUGAUGACGACUGCAUCCAGAUAUAAAAAACUUAUGUAUUUUAAAAUAUCUAAAAAAUAUAACUUUGAUGUGAACUCUCGGAAUUAAAAACAAUAGAAAUCAGACAAAGUAAAUGAAAGUACAGCGCGGCGUAAUUUAUUAUUAGCAAUGCCCAAAUAAUAUAAAAACUUUUAUUGAUUUA